GCCAGUGCCAGUGCCAGUGCCAGUGCCAGUGCCAGUGGGAAUGGCAGUGGCAGAGCCUCACAACCCCAGCCUCCCGCCACAGACCAAGGGAGCCACAGGUUCAAUCCACUAGGUCGAAUGGGUCGACCAACAGGAGGUACUCCUAAACCCGAGAAUCGUUCUGGUCCUAGACCUGGUAAUCUUUUUGGUCCGGCUCUUCCUCCUCGUUUGGCGUCGUCAUCCACCAAGCAACCCAUUAGGCCCUCCGCACCACGACCAGCAGUGCAAAAUACUCCUUCUCCUCCUCCCGCCACAGGCAAAGGGAGCCACAGGUUCAAUCCAUUUGCAAGACCUAAUCCUAAACCUGAUAAUUCCUCUGGUACUAGAUCUGGUAAUAAUCCCUUCAGCUCGGCUGGACCUCCUCCUCCUCCAACGUUCAACCGACCCUCUGUGCCCUCCACACCACCACGGUCAGUGCUACCACCUACCACUGGACCUGGUGAUCUCUGGGAGUCGGCUCGAAACCUCUCUCUAGCGCCGUCCACACCACCACGACCAGUGCAACCAUCACCGGCAGUUGCAGCACCAGGGCCAGUGGCACCACUUACCUCCAUACCUCGUCAUCUCGGGGGCUCGGUUCGAGCACCACAACCAGUACAACAAGCACUAGUGCAACAACCACCUACCUCUGUACCUCGUAAUCUCUGGGAGUUUCGAACACGACCAGUACAACAACAAUCACCCGUGCAACAACCACCACAACCAAGUGGAAGCUCCUCCACCUCCCCCCCUAGAGGUAGGGAAGUUGCAGCACCAGGACCAUCAACACCCGCACCCACACCCGCACCCGCAAGAGCAGUAGUAGGCGACCCAGCCAGCGACCUAGGACCCCACGGGUUCUCCCUCUACCGCGUCGUUCGGGUGCGCAGCCCGUCACCCGGCACGGCCUCUCGUUUCCCCACUCAUACCUUCGAUUGGGUGUGCUGUUUCUGUCAUCGAAACAAUAAUGAGGCUCAGCACCCGAAGCAGUGUACGAAUCCUACUUGUUUGCAUGUCCGAGUCAUAGACACUCGGGAAGGGGCGGACCAGGGAAGGAGAACGACGAGGGGUUUGAUUGAUGGAAGAAACACUGGGACAGCAGGGGUCGAGGUGUGUCCGGAUUGCUCGUAUAUCGCUUAUACGUGGGUGGAUGGGAGGAGACAGCCGGUUCCGAUUCAGAAUCCGUUGGGCAUGCCGCCGAGGAGAUGAGAGUUGGCCGAUUCCGAAUUUGGGUGGCCUGAGGAGUGGUGGACUGGAAGAUAGGUGAGGGUUACCUAGGGAUCAGGGGAAAGGAAGCUGGAAGUAAUGGCUAUGAGUUUGGAUAGGGAGAUUGGGGAUGUUUGCUCAAGGGGUUUGAAGUCUGGAUGAGUUGAGGUUGGUGAGUGAGUAUAAAGACAGCUGAACUAUACGUAAUCUCUC